UUCGCCUCUCAAAAUGGCGGCUGAACCAACACGGGAGUGGAGCGAUGAGCAGCUCAAAAGUGAUGAUUUGCCCAAAAAAGACAUUAUAAAGUUCAUUCAGGACAAUGCAGCCCACUCGUUCCUCAAUGAGCACAAGCUGCUGGGAAACAUCAAAAAUGUUGCCAAAACAGCAAAGAAAGAACAACUGGUUGUUGCCUACAACCAGCUCUUUGAGAGCAAAAGGUUUAAAGGCACAGAACCAGUCGAGGAAGUGACCGAGCAGGUUAAAGCUGUCAGAAUUGAAGAGAAACCCAAAGAAGUCAAGACAGAGGUUGUGGACGAGGGUCCGCCCAAGUACAUGAAGUCAGUGCUUAAAAAAGGUGACAAGACAAAUUUCCCAAAGAAAGGCGACACUGUGAGCUGCUGGUACACUGGAACUCUGGAGGAUGGAACCGUGUUCGACACCAAUAUUCCCGCAGCGGCAAGAAAGAAGAAGCAAACUAAACCACUCAGCUUCAAAGUUGGCCUGGGCAGAGUCAUCAGAGGAUGGGAUGAGGCCCUUCUGACAAUGAGCAAGGGUGAAACAGCUCGAGUGGAGAUUGAGCCAGAGUGGGCCUACGGAAAGAAGGGUCUCCCUGAUUCCAAAAUUCCACCCAACGCAAAGCUGAUUUUUGAGGUUGAGCUGGUGUCUGUUGAUUAACCGGCAAACGCUGGCCAGCAUGCACUGCAUUUCAAGGAUGGAGAGGUAGAAAAAGUUAUAUGAUAUUUGGACUGCACUAUUCUGUUUCUACUUUGUCUCAUUUAUAAUAAUGUAUCCUGAAACAGUGACCAGUUAUCACAAUGUUGUAAGUGUUGGCCUGUCAAUAAUGUACAUAUGAGACACCCUGAAACCUUAUGUAUUUCUUUUUUUGGUUCUUUUGCAUGUACAAUGUAAAUGAUGAAUAAACCUGUUUCAGAGAUGACAUUAAAACUUAAGAAUGACAGUCA